AGGGGGAGAGACACGGCGCGCUCGGGGGCGAACCGCUGCUCCGGCUCGCGCUCAAUGGGCUCGAGCACAAAGCGCAGGAAGAAAAGGGCAGAGCGCGAGGCCCCACGGUGGGAAGCCUCGUCUCGUGCCGCACAUGGCUUUUCUCCCACGACGCAAGGGAGGGCUGGCUGCUCUGCGGUGGAACUGGUGAUCCAGGAGUACACGGAGCGGCCGCACGGGCUGCCAACUUUACCCGCCGCUUUCACUCCUGAUACCGUCCACACCAGCCCUCAUGUCCCCGUGGGGGCUCAACAAAAGGCAGCGGCAACACAACUUGACCCGCUUUGUGUUUUAGAAGAGUUAGGUUAGGGACAAUCUCUAUGAGAGGGUGAAGAUAAAUCUCAAACUGACCAUUGCGCAUCUUGCCCCGUGUGUUUGUGUCUGUUUAAACUGCUGUGGUCCAGCAUUCCCAUGUUAACCUGCAUUGGCUCAAACUAAACCUCUGACCCUGCUGGUGUAGCUAAGUGCCUCAGUUGGUCCAACAGCUCUGCUUUACAAUCUCAUGCAGUAUACUGCUUUAUAUUACGCCAAAGUCUGGUUGCGCAAAAAAAUGUUUGUGUCAAAAUGUCUCCACCGGCACGAAAGCGCGCUUUACUUCGUCAGGUUUUGCCCAUAAAAGGCCCUCAAAGCGCUAUUUCUGUGGUGGGGAAUUGCUCGUGGGUAUCUGGACAGGCUGCCCUGUCCGCUCCCUCCUGCCACAGACACUUCUCUUUCUAUCUCCUGCUGUUCGCGCGUCGUUUCGGCUCUCCACGGAAUUUAAACGUCACUCACGGUUGCGCGAAAGACUUCACGCUCCAUGUGUCGCCAGUCCCCUGCCUCGCGCACAUUAAUAUUCCUGUAAGUCUCAGUCAUGAAUAACAAUUACACCGUAUACCGGGGUAGAGGCGGGAGCUCGGUGCUCACACUCAGAGCGGCGGCAGCUCCGGGCGGAGGAAGGUUCUGUAUGGAGCUGUAGACCUGGCCGAGCCUGCAGAUACUGAAGCGCUGCUUUUACCUGGAAUGUGUUUGGCUGUUUCGGCUCAACACGGUCUGUAGCAUCCUGCUGUUUUACCGUAAGCUCGCUUCUGGUACCGGGGAGGCUUUACAGAUGUUAGUGCAUUCCUACUCCACUGCGGAUCGGCAUGACGGCGUCUCGAGCCACAGCUCGCGCCUGUCCCAGCUGGGUUCGGUGUCUCAUGCGGGGCCAUACUCCAGCGCGCCGCCGCUGUCUCAUGCGCCUUCUUCGGACUUCCAGCCGCCAUACUUUCCUCCGCCGUACCAGCCGCUGGCUCACUACCAGAGUCAGGACCCCUACUCCCACGUCAGCGAUCCCUACUCUCUGAACUCCCUGCACCAGAGCCAGCAGGGCGCAUGGGGUGCUCGCCAGCGGCAGGACGCCGCCGGGGACCGGAUGGAGAGCUCGGCUUUGCUGGCUCAGCCCCGGGCCUCGCUGCCUCAGCUGUCCGGGCUGGACCCGCGGCGGGAAUACGGUGGUGUGCGGCGGCCUGAUGUGCUGCUGCACUCCGCUCACCCGGGACUGGAACCCGGUAUGGGAGACGGACUGCUGCACGGGCUGCACGGUAUGGAGGAUGUUCAGACCAUUGAAGACACCAACGGAACGAAUAUAUUGGAUCAAUCUGUAAUUAAGAAAGUCCCUAUGCCUCCCAAGAACAUGGGCUCCCUGAUGCUCGGGAAGGACGGCCUGAUCGGAGGAGUGACCGUGAACAUAAACGAGGUGUUCUGCUCGGUACCGGGCCGCCUGUCGCUGCUCAGCUCCACCUCCAAGUACAAAGUGACCGUAGGGGAGGUGCAGAGGAGACUGUCCCCGCCUGAGUGCCUCAACGCCUCCUUGUUGGGAGGCGUGUUGAGAAGAGCGAAGUCUAAAAACGGUGGGAAAUGUCUGAGGGAAAAGCUGGAGAAGAUCGGGCUGAAUCUACCCGCUGGAAGACGCAAAGCUGCCAAUGUCACGUUACUAACGUCUCUAGUAGAAGGUGAGGCAGUCCACCUGGCCCGGGACUUCGGUUACAUCUGUGAGACGGAGUUUCCCACCAAAGCUGUGAGUGAGUACCUCAAUCGGCAGCACGCCGACCCCAACGAGCUGCACACGAGGAAAAACAUGCUGCUGGCGACAAAACAGCUGUGUAAGGAGUUCACAGACCUGCUGGCCCAGGACAGGACUCCCCUGGGCAACUCAAGGCCCAGCCCCAUCCUGGAGCCUGGCAUCCAGAGCUGCCUCUCCCACUUCUCCUUCAUCACGCAUGGCUUUGGCUCGCCCGCCAUCUGCGCUGCACUCACCGCCCUGCAGAACUACCUCACCGAGGCUCUCAAAGGACUCGACAAGAUGUUUCUCAACAACCCACCCAACAACCGGCACGGGGACGCUGGCAACAAGGCCGGCGACAAAGAGGAGAAGCAGCGGAAAUGAAGCAGGCAAAGGAGGGGAGUGAUGAUGGAGAGCCAAGAGGGAGGCAGACACACAGACAGCGGCGUUACACCGUUACUUCUAGCUUUACACCACUGCGACUGACCUGCCACACACAGGGCUGAGGUGGAGGAGGAGGAAGGGGAAGGCUCAGUGGAGAGAAAAAGGCAGAGGAAGACACCCGUGGGCCAGUGUCAGAGAGCACGGAGGGAUUUUUCAUCUGUGUUACGUUCUUUUCAUUCCCCUGAGGACAUGGUGGUUACUGUGUUACAUCCAUUUCGCUCCCCCUGCCUGCAUCCUGUGAGACUGAGAUGCUGUGAGCAGCCAACAAAUAACAUUGUGUCUGUGUGCCUGAAUGAGUGCUUGUGUUUGUCUUCACACGGAAAAAGCAUUGUGGGUUCAGAGAUUGGGUGACGAGCAUUCUAUCUGUGAAAGAGGUUUGUGUGGUUAUUUAACACAGGUAAGAGGAGGGAGGUUUUUAAUUUAUGUGUGUAAAUAUUUAUUUAUAUUAAUUUAAAUGGAUGGUGGUGUAAAUAGGUGCGCCAGCUAUUUUGGAGUAGGCCUAUUUAUCUGUGAUUUGACCUUUGUGAGCCGGUGGGGGGACAGGACUCAUCCAGUGUUUUUCUGUUCUUAUAGAGCUGUUGUCAUGGUGCUGAUGAUGGGUAGACAUGCUUCUAAUUGUCCAGUGAUUUCAUUUCUAUCAUAUUGAUAAUAAACCAUGUGUUUUAUUAUG